UGUGAUCUUGCUAAUAUCAACAAUCCUGGUCCUUUUAAGAAAGUAAAUAAUUCUUUAAUAAAAGCUUUACCAAUUUGCAAAGAUAAAAAUCCCACAUGGCAAGGAGACAAAGAUAGGUUUAUUGCACCAGACAACUAUGGAAAUAGGUCAGAUACAUGUUUUCUGGAAAUUCUUGAUGGCUGUCACAGUGUGACAGCUGCAGAAACAGUUGCAGCAGAGCUUCCACUUUUAUUUCUUGAUCAGCUUUCUCAAAUAGGUUCCUCCUACAAAAAUUAGAAGGACAAAGUGCAAAUUGUAGAUUUUUUUUCCACAGUAAUUAAGGCAGAUUACAAGGAAAAAGAGAAGAUAUUCUCUGACAAGCCAGGCAAUGAGGAGACCAAGAUGAUGACCAGUCCUUACAAAUGGAUUCACAAAGUGUAUGCCAAGUCCUUUAGGAAAAUGCAGAGAUUUUUACAACUGGGAAGAAAUCAGGUUUCCAAAGCUCACUGGAGUGGCUGUUCAGUGGUUACCUCUUUGGUGGAAAGCCUUCCCAGCAAAGAGACAGAUGGCACUGAAGUAGAAGAAAGAAAACACUGUGAAAAUAACACACAUAGUCAAUUAGGCAGAAGGGCCAAAGGUGUUGCUGGACCACUUCAUAUUUCAGUUUUAGAUGAUGUAUAUGCAAUCUUAUGUAAAAAUGGAAGGAGUCACUGCCUCUCAAAAGAGCACAGCACUCAUGAGAGAACACUUCAGAACGGUGGAAACACCAGCACUAAUACACCAGAUGGAUUAGUAGAGGGAUACCUGAGAACUACAAGGGUUCCUGGACAUCACAGAGAUGCAACAAAAAGAACAUCUGUUAUACCUGUAACUCAUAUUAUAUCUGUACAUCAGUUUCUUAUUUUGGCUUCUAAAGGGUUUUGGGAGGUUUUGUAUUACAAUGAAGUACUGGCACCACCUCUGACAUCCACUCCUUAUUUGAGAAUGCGUGAAUGGUGUUCAACGAAACAGGACUUCUCUGUGUGUCAGUAUUCAAUGUCCCUCACUGAAGACAACCUAAAUGACUCAAAUGCUAUUAAUAAUCCGCAAGAUGGAAUACAGAUAUUGUAUUCCAAUGAAGAUAUUUUCCACAGUGACUCAAAAGGCAGUCUGAAACAAAAUAAAUGAAAAUGUUCUAAGAGGAACUACACACAAAGAUGGAUGGGUUCUAAACCACCCCAGUUUGAAAAAGACACAAAAAUACACCCAUCCAAUUGCAAAUCAUCAGCUGCAGGAAGAGGCACAGACAGCUCUGAGACCUACAACAAUGCAACAAGCUACGUUAGGGAAAAACUGGCAAAAACUGCAUUAGCUUCAGGUUCAAGAGAUAAUAUUACUGUUUUGAUUGUAUUUCUAUAUGGAUGUGAUAAGAUACCCAAUUACCUCAACAUUUAAAAAUAGCUGAAGUGCCAGAGUAUAUAUAAGACAGGCUUAUAUUUAGCUGUGUCAUGAAUUUACUUGUAAUCAUCUUAAAUGCUGACCCACUCAGUAAAUCAGACAUCUUGUCUGGAACUGUCAUGGCUGGGCUUCGCAAACGAAGAUUUGGGGAGGGCGCUACCCAUGUUUGUUGCAAGCGCAUUGAACUGUACAAAUGCAAUAAAACCAUCUGAAACUCUCAAUAAGAAACAGUAAUCAAAAUUUUUUUAAACCACUUUAUUCAAACCUGAGCACCUCAAUAUAAAACUAAACACUGGUGAACUGUCAUUUUCCUUGCUAAACCCAGAUUACUGCAAAUUUUAAAUCUGCACAAGUAAGUUUCUAUCAGUUCAACAUUUAAAUAGACUAAUUCAUCUCUUCUGACACACUUUGUAGAUUUCAUAUAAUGAAAAUAACUAAAAGAAUUAGUGCAAUAUACUGGACUGAUCAAAAUAAAAUGUACUUUGGAAAACAAAGUUGCAAAGUUCAUUACUGACAGACAGCAGUACUUAUGUUACAGAUACAGGAGCAUCAUUUAUUACUGUUCUAGCCAUAAAGGAAGAACUCAGAACCCCCUUUGAUUAGAGAGGAAAAAAGUUAGCUUUAAGUAACUGUACAUUCUGUAUACCUUUAAGCAACUCUUAAAUAUUACAGAAAGUAUUAAACAAAUGUAGACUACAAUGCAGAGUACCUAUUUACAGUACAUUAAUAUCCAAAUUUAAAAUCAAGUUGGAUGUACAUAAUUGUUAGUGCACUAUUUUUUUCCUUAGGGGAAAAACAAACUGUAAUGGCCAGCAAUGAUCAGAAACAAGAAAAGUCACAGACACCGAGUUUGUUGUGGUUUUACUUGAAGAGCUCUUACAGUUUGUAGAGGAAAAAAAACAAACAUAUCCUAAGUCAUAGAAUUGAAUUUACUGGUCUGUACCCUCUGAAAACAUUAGAAAUUAAGUUAAACUUGAUUCAUCACUAAUUCAUUAAGAUAACUAACUGGGUUGAUAUAAUUUACAUACAGUGUACCAACUAAAACUCCACUGUCUGGCAAGCAAAGGAUUCUUAAAAUUGUUAAUGCAAGUAUUAUUUGUAAUUAAAUUAUUAAACUAUGGAAUGUAUAACUAAAUAGUGGAUACCUGCAGAAACAACUGGUUGCAUCAAUACUUCAGAGAAGUUUAAGUAAUUUUUA